UUGGCCCGCUGCUGCCGGAGUGUUGGGCGUGGAGGGGUGUUCUGCGUGAGCGGUGCGCCCCGAAUGUCAGUUUUCUGCUUUUAAGCUGGAGAUGAAGUGGCUUUUCCCCUAAGACUGUUUUGAUUUCGUCUUUGUAGAAUACAAAACAUUUCAUUUACCCUGUCCUACUCCUGGGGUUAAAAGUGUCGGGGGUUGAAGUUGAAAGGUGGCAUUAUCAAUAGAUCAUUGCUGGCCCAUGGACAACCGGCACAGCUCAUCACCUUCGCCGGUCAUGGGCGCUAAGACAGUCCUGUCAGACUCAAUGCUGUCAUCACCUGGCUGUGUGCACACGCCCUCCAGUGGUGGCAGCACGUUCGACCUGCUCCUGGAGAGCCGCGAGAAGGGCUCGCGCGAGGCGGAUGGUGGCGCCGACAAGGAGGCAGGCAGCGCGCUGUUGUGCUCGGCCGCCAGUGACGACAUGUUCUCGAUGAGCGGGGAUGCGGACAGUCUCAUAUUCAUGGAGGCGCUGGCUCUGGCCGAGGAGUUCGCGACGUUGGCUAAGGAGGCAGACGAGCCGGCGGCCGAGUCGUCCGGCAUGGCCGACAGCUGGCAGCGCCUGACGGCCGGCGCCGCGAUGCUGGCGUCUGGCGUCCAGCCGUCGGCGGCGCCGGCGCCGGCGCCGCCCGGCCCGGUGCCGGACGUCGUCCCCGUCUCGACGGCCGCACUCCCCGUCUCGACGGCAUAUGCAGCGCUCUGCGAGAAGGCCUCGGCUGAGCUGCGCCAGCUGGAGCUGCAGACGCAGGAGGAGUACGAGAGCCUGCAGUUUGAGGCGGCCGAGCGUUUGGUGGCGGCGGGCGAGGCUGACCCCGGCCGCCACCGACCACUGCAGCUGAUACCGUGGGGCGCCGACGCCGCCCGGCCGGCGACCGGCGGCUACGGAGUGGACGGAAGCUGGCGCGGUACAUACCGCGUGCUCAAACCAUCGGUCGGGCCGUGUCUGGCGAACGAGUCGCCGUCGGAGACGCGACGGCGCCGGUCGUCCCCGGCCCCGCCAGCCACGCGGCAUGCGUCCGGCCGUGCCGCGCUGGACCGCACCUUCCGCUGCGACGCCCGGCCGGACCGCACCGACCGCGCAGAGGCGUGGCUGGACACCAGUGACGGCCCCUGUCGGGAGCAGCGCGAGCUGACCGGCAGCACGACCCAGCAGCGGGGCGACUCGCCGCUGGUCACAGCCGGCCGGCCGGUGCGCCGUGCCCGCGUCUCCCUGAACCAGACAUGGGACGUCGACGCCCCCGACAGCCGAGCCAGCAGUGCUCUCGGCCGUGUCAACUCCACGUUCGACACCGACGUCCUGAACAAGACCUUCGAUGCUGAAGGCCCAGCUAUUGCGUCAGCGGGCGCGAACGGCCUCCUCAACAGCACGUACGACGCAGAAGCCUCCCUUCAGGGUGUAUUUCACGGAGACGUCGGCCCGGAUCUGACGCAGGACGCGGCGGGCGCCCUGAACCAAACGUUCGACGCCAGCGUGCGCUCAACCCGCAAGUCAGGCGCGUACCGGCGGCUGACGUGGAAGUCGGACGUGGACGCCGUCCUGAACCGAACGUUCGACGGCAAGGACUCGUGGCAGCGGGAGGCGUCCCGUGCGCUCGGCCGGCCCCGAGCCUGACCAGCGGGGUGACACGCAGGGCCGGGACCGGUCGGCAAAGGUGCCUGGUCCAGUGGUUAGCAGAUCCGGCCUGGCCACGGCGGAGCAGUUGGGAUCGGCAGACCGCAGCUCCUCGUCCGAGCGCGCCGCGCCACCACCGCCAGUCUCUCCGCCGCGGCCCGGCUCUGGUGG